ACGAGGGUGAGGGGUAAUGUCUGUGGAGAAAGGGGUUCCGUUAGACUAUUCGCUCUGGGGUAUGAGGGAUGUGCGGGGUAAGCAGCCCAGAGCAGUGAGGGGACGCGGCAAGGCCCGAGGCCAGGCCCGGGGUCACGGGCGGUCGCACCUGGAGCCAGGAAGCAGAGGGGCGCAGAUUCAGCGAGAAAAAUUGUGGGUGCCCUGGAACGGGCUCAUUGUGAUCGGGAAGAGAAUGGAGCUCCUGGGUAGAAAUACACAAAAGCCUAGGAUGUGGGGCCCCAAGCUUGACUCUGAGAGCUGGAGACUGGACGGUGUGGAAAAGAGGGUCUUGAAAGAGAAGUCAGGCCAGAGUCAGGAAAGGAUGGAUGUGAAGCUACUGCCCAAUGUAGCAGGUGCAUCACAGGCUUCAGCAGGUUUGGGGAAAAACAGCCCAAGGGAGAUGUGGGGAAAGCAAGAAAUCAGAGGCAAAAUAGGCGCUGAAUCUGAAAGUGCAGGCACUACAGCAGGGUCUAGGAUGGGGUCUGGUUUUAAAGACAGGUUGAAGGUUACUGGGGUACGGACCAGCGGAGAGGACUUGAGAUCCAGGGGAUAUACACUAGGGCAGAAUGAGGAGGAGCUGAGGUCCGGUGGAGAGAAGUUGAGGUCAAGUAGAGAGAGGCUGAGGUCAAGUGGAGAGAAGUUGAGGUCAAGUAGAGAGAGGCUGAGGUCAAGUGGAGAGAAGCUGAGGUCAAGUGGAGAGAAGCUGAGUCUGAGUGGAGGGAAGCUGAGUCUGACUGGAGAGAAGCUGGGGUCAAGUGGAGAGAACCAGGGAUCCCGGGGAGAGAAGCUGGGAGCUAGUGGAGAGGAUUUGAGAUCCACUGGAGAUAAACUGCAGUCAAGUGCAGAAAAGCUGGGGCCUAGUGGAGAGAAGCUGGAGGAUUCAGGAAUGGGGAGCAUAAAUGAAGAGAGUAUUGAAAGGUUGAUAGAAGUUACUGGUGCUGAGAUGGAAAUUCCUGUUGAAAGAGUGGAAGGGAAUGAUGAGCUCGAAGGGGCUAAGGAGGCGGGAGUGGAGGAGGAUGUCUUGGAUGGGGUGAAUGAUAUUGCUGAUGAAUCUGUUUCCGUGGAAGAGAAAGAGGUUAUAGGUGAAGGUAGUGGUGAAGGAGGCAGGUGAAGGACUGAAGCUAAAGAAAGAAAGGGAAGCAGAUAGCGGAAGUGUUGCAAGUCAAAAAGGAGACAUUAGAGCCAAGCAGAGCAUUAUUGACCCUGAAGAAGUAAACACGAGAGAGGAAAGGAGAGCACGGGAAUGAAGAGCUUCUGGGGUUGAAGGUGGAGGCCAGGGCCAAUGGAAACAAAGAAGGGUGAGAAAAAGGGAAAUGGGAACAUUUUGAGGAGGAAGGAAAGAUCUGAAAAUGUGUUGAGAAGUCGAGGACAAGUGGAGAUUGGUUUCUUGGAGAAGAGCUGUGACUUGUAGGGAAAUGUCUGAGACGGGGAUUUGGGACGGGCUAGAAGAUUUCGUUUAAUGUGUGAUUGGGUUUACGAGAUCCAGAGGAGUGCAUAGUGAGAAAAAUGGAAACUUACGGAAGGACAAAGGAUAGGGAAUGGAGGUUGUGAAGGAAGAAGCAAGCUGGAGCGAGCAAAGAAAACUUCUCAAAGAGGAUCCUGAAGAAGAACGAAGGGCUCCAGAGUGACCAAGGCAAGAGCAAAGAAAAUGAGGGAAGAAAAAAAAAAAAAUCUCUGCCUUCCCAAGAUCAUCUGCUCCUAGCCUCGUCUGGUGAUGCUCUGAGCACCGAGAAGUUGUCGCCUCUCUUAAAGGAGGCCCACACAGGCACGAGGUCAGGACAGUUGUGUGGGGCUCUCCAACUGCACUGCACAAUAUAUAAAUGACGAAGGAAAUAAUCAGGCCUGUUCUUUGGAUGGAUUACAUUUUCUCCUGGGACACCAGAUGCAUUCCACUGAGGCCACAGAAAGGAAAAGGAUUGAGACGCCACGACAAACGGAGGCCACCUUGAGGAGGGCCACGUACAGGCAGUGCGGGACAAAAGUGAACGGUCACAGUUCCUGAAAUCAGCACCAGGUGAAAGGAAAUCUCAAUCGUGCCAUGGAAAACAGCAGAUGUCGUAAGCUGCACUCGGAGACACGGGUUCAAAUGAGAAAGAGAGCUGACGUCAGAGUUGUAGGAGUUUGACUCCUAAUCUGUGUUGUUUGUAGUGACACCAGACAGUUUCCCCUCACGCCACCUGAUUCAGGAACUGGAAGAAGGCAGCCGCUGCGGCUGGGCUGGAAUGUCUCAGGCCACCGAGCACCAUUCUGGGAGGGCCCCUGGGUCUCAGAGUUCACUGUCCACCUCAAAAGGGUCGUCUGUUCUGUUAGACCACACCACCACUCUCGAGAGGCCAGCCCCGCAAGCUUUCCCCCGGGGGGUUAGACGUGAGUGCGCAGGUUCGAGGUACAGAUCAAUCCGGUCUCUGGAGCCGUUCCUACACAGAUUACACCGGCUCCUGAGGUCACACUGCUGUGCCUUGGACUCUGACCCCUGCCUAGAACAUUCUUCUUCCUCCUCUCCUCCCUCCUCAGAGACUCCCUACCCCUGAGGUGCACACCCAGGGUGGGACCCGGGCGCGUGCGUUGCGGCCAAUUCUUCCGUUUGACCAAUUCUUCCAUUCUUAUCCGCGUCACUCGGAAUCCGCUGUUCCUUAUUGAUGUCAUGUCGGUACUAGGUACUCAGCACCAUGCUGACAGCCAGGGACACAACAGACGGGUGCCCUGCUCCUGGGGACAAGAGGAGCAUGCAGGGACUCGCUCGUGAGCAAGGUGGCACUUGUCACAGGACUCGAACAACUGGUGUUUUAUCCCAGCCACAUUAUAAUUUCAUUUCUGCGGUGAGGCCUAGAAAGCCUAGGCGCCCCAGAAGAUCAGCCAGGCGCCUGGUAAAAUUCUGCUUCUUCCUUCAUUUACCAAAUAUUUGCUAAACACCCAUUACUUGUCAGGCGCUGUGCGGGAUGUCAGGAUUAUGACAGAGGACAGAACUGACACAUUUGUCACUUGGAACUUGCGCUGUCACAGAAGGUGACAGAAAAAAAAAAAACAAAACUGUGUCCAUAUGUAACCUGAGCUAAGAAUUUUGGAGAAAAACCAAGCAGGGCAAGGGAGAGAGAAUGACCUGAGGCAGCAGUGAGGGGCCUGUGCUUUCAGACACAGUAUGUAGGAAGGCCUUUCCGAUGAGGUGACUCCUGAAGCAGGGCCCAGAAGGAGGGGAGGGAGAAGCAGCUGUUUGGAGGAAGU